CGGGGCGAGGAGCGGGGCCCACGCGGCUAGUGUGCCACGGACUUGAAAUGAGGGGGCCGGUUGCGCAGCUCGCACGCUCGUGGCAACUGCGUGAAGAGGUCAUUGGAAAGCUCCGUCUCUUCUGCCCUCGGCGCGGAGCGCGCGCGGCACGGGCGGGGCAGCCGGAAGUGCGCCGUGCCAGUCCCGUGUGUUCCGGCGGUCCGCGGCUCGGGCGGCUCGGGCGGCUCCCGCUCCCGUGCAUUCUCUGUUCCGGUGUUCUAGCCGCCCGCCCCGCCCCUCGGCCGCCAGCACCGCCUCCCCCGCCCAGCGCCAUGGCAGCUGCGGCCGGGGACGGUGCGGUGAAGCCGCUGCAGUGCGCCAUGAAGCUAGCCAACGGGGCCAUCGAACUGGACACCGGCAACCGGCCCCGGGAGGCAUAUACAGAAUACCUGAGGAGCAUCCACUAUAUUUCCCAGGUGCUGCUGGAAGAAGUGGAAACCACCAAAGAAGCUGGGGAGGCCUUGCCCCUGGAGACCUUGAGGAUGCUGAAGCUGGCAGAGCAGUGCCUGGAGAGGGCCCAGUCGACAGCUGCCAAGAUCGGGAGAGCCUGCCCGAAGCCAGCCGUGCCUGCGACUGCUCCUGCACCCUCGCGGACCAGCCAGACCAGCCAGCACCGGCACCGCCGGGUGUACUCGGACGAAGGGGGGAAGCUCCUCCCAUUUCUGCCACCUGAGAUGUUCCAGAGGCUCCAGGUGGUGGAGUCGCAAAGCUCUAAGAAGGAGCUGACGCCCCUGGAGGAGGCCUCCCUGCAGAACCAGAAGCUGAAGGCUGCCUACGAGGCCCGGGUGGCCCGUCUGGAUGCCAGCCAGGCCCUGCAGAAGACGUCACUGACCCUGUCCCUGCAGCGGCAGAUGAUGGAGAACCUGGUGAUCGCCAGAGCCCGGGAGGAGACUCUGCAGAGGAAGAUGGAGGAGCGCAGGCUGCGGCUCCAGGAGGCGGCCAACAGGAGGUUCUGCAGCCAGGUCGCCCUGACGCCGGAGGAGCGGGAGCAGCGGGCCCUCUACGCCGCCAUCCUUGAGUAUGACCAAGACCACGACUGGCCCAAGCACUGGAGGGCCAAGCUCAAGAGGAGCCCGGGGGACCUGUCACUGGUGACCAGCCUGGUGUCCCACCUGCUCAGCGUUCCCGACCACCCCAUCUCGAAGCUGCUGAAGAAGCUGCAGUGCACCGUGUACCGGGCGCUGUACCCCGUCGUGAGCAGCUGCUCCCUGCCCCCUGAUGCCGACGGGCUGCUGGCCCCUGGAAGCCGGCGGCUCCGGCCCUCGCAGAGCCUCUACUGCAUGCUGUCCCCCUUGGAGCCCAGCCCAGCCCCGCAGCCCCCUGAGGGGCCCCCUCCCAGUCCCCCACCAGCCCCACUCCAGGCUGGGCUCCCGGACAGAGGGGUGGACAGCAGCCCUAAGGGGCCUCCCUCACCCCAGGUGGGCAAGGAUAGCUCCUUCGAGGACCUGGAGCAGUUCUUGGCCACCUCUGAGCGGUGGGGCCAUGGCCCCGGGGGCCAGCCUGAGCCUCAGCCCUCGGGGGGGAAGGAGGAGCCCUUGCUGGCGCAGCUGAGGAGCACCGUGAAGGACAUCCACAACGCCAUCGACAGGCUGCUCUCGCUGACCCUCCUGGCUUUCGAAGGCCUGAACACGGCCGUCUCCAAGGACCGCUGCCUGGCCUGCAUCGAGGAGCCCUUCUUCUCCCCACUGUGGCCGCUGCUGCUGGCCCUCUACAGGAGUGUGCACCGCACCCGGGAGGCCGCCCUGAGCAGGAGCAUGGAGCUCUACAGGAACACACCCCCGGCCGCCCUCGGCAUCCCCAGCAAGCUGCUCCCUCGGGACCCGGAGAGCCUGGGAGCCGGUGCCUACCCCUACCGGGCUGCAGCCCAGGAGCUGGGGCUGCUGGUCCUGGAGAGCUGCCCCCAGAAGAAGCUGGAGUGCAUCGUGCGGGCCCUGCGGGCUAUCUGCGCCUGUGCUGAGAGCUACCACCGGGCCCAGGAGCCUGCACCCGAGGCCGGACCGCCACCCGGCUCAGCUGCCAUCGGUGCCGACGACCUCCUGCCCAUCCUGUCCUUCGUGGUGCUCAGAAGCGGCCUCCCGCAGCUGGUGUCUGAGUGUGCAGCUCUGGAGGAGUUCAUCCACGAGGGGUAUCUGAUUGGAGAGGGGGGCUACUGCUUGACCUCACUGCAGAGCGCCCUGAGCUACUUGGAGCUGCUGCCCCGGGCGGCCUUGGGCAAGGAGAGGAGGAGGGCCCCUGCUGAGGACUGUCCAGGAGCCCCUGGCACUGGGGCUCUGCAGCUUUCGCCCCCACCCUGACCUGUCAUCUGCCUCCAGGGGCUGCUCCUGACUGGACGGGGCUAAGUUUGACCAGCUCCCAGGAGCCAGGCCCUUCUCUUUCCCGCUCCAGCCUCUGAGCAGCCUGCCCAGCAAGGAGCCAGAGCUGCCAGCUCCC